AUUUCACCAAGGGACCACAGCGAAGCCGCCGCUUUACUGAAGCUUGCAGCGAGGACGCGUCUGUGACGUCGCGUUACGUCGCGCGCCGAUCGGACUGCGAUCUGUUCUCUAAUAAAGCAUGACGCCAUCGCGCGACAUCUCUCCGCGCAGCAGCUGAUGUUUGACGGACGCUGAUCGCAGGGAAGGAUGAAAAACCGAGAAUAUCAGCAGAUAGAUCCGCAGGCGCUCGCGACGCCUCCGCCCGAUCACACGUCCAGACGAGUCCGGAGGAAAUGGGAGGUGUUUCCCGGGAAAAACCGCUUCUGCUGCGACGGACGCAUCAUCGCGGCGCGUCAAAGCGGCGUGCUGCCGCUCACACUGACGCUCAUCCUGCUCACCAGCGGACUCUUCUUCAUAUUCGACUGCCCGUACCUGGUGAAGAACCUCACCAGCUGCAUCCCGGCCGUCGGAGGGGUCCUGUUUGUGUUUGUGAUGGUCUCUCUCCUCCAGACCAGCUUCACGGAUCCGGGGAUUCUGCCCCGGGCCACACCAGAGGAGGCCGCAGAUGUCGAGAAGCAGAUCGACAACCCGACGGGCUCGUCCUCGUCUUACCGGCCCCCGCCGCGCACGAAGGAGGUCGUCAUCAACCAGCAGGUGGUUAAACUCAAGUACUGCUUCACCUGCAAGAUCUUCCGUCCGCCGCGCACCUCCCACUGCAGCCUGUGUGACAACUGUGUGGAGCGAUUUGAUCAUCACUGCCCCUGGGUCGGCAACUGUGUGGGAAAACGAAACUAUCGCUUCUUCUACGCCUUCAUCGUCUCGCUGUCUUUCCUCACGACCUUCAUCUUCGCUUGUGCAACCACACACCUGGCUCUGAGGUCACGAGGAGGAAAUGGGUUGGUUAUUGCUCUCCAAGAGAGUCCUGCCAGUGCUCUUGAGCUAGUGGUUUGCUUCUUUUCAGUUUGGUCCAUUUUGGGCCUCUCAGGCUUCCAUACAUACCUGGUAGCUGCAAAUCUUACUACCAAUGAGGAUAUUAAAGGCUCCUGGUCAGGGAAAAGUGGAAGUGAGGAUGUUGGAAAUCCUUACAGUUACAACAGCAUUAUCAAAAACUGCUGUUCUGUGCUCUGUGGACCCAUGCCGCCCAGUUUGAUUGACAGGCGAGGCUUUGUGCCCUCCGAUGACUCCGUCCAGACCAGUCCUGUGGAAAUCCAACUCCCAGCUGCUAAAAACGACAGAAACAUGUGCACACAGGGAACCAAAGGUCUGCUGGAGACAGCCUCUCGAUCUCCUCUCCUCACAAGCUCCUGUCCGCAGGCCAAACCUCAAGCCAUGCCGGCCGUCUUGGAGACUCUUCCAGAGAUCGUCCCGUCACCUGAACCCCACCCUCCCAAAACCACUGGAGGACACCAGUCGACCAACACCCCUCACAAACAUCACUCCCACCACAGAUCCAAGGCAAAACAGACCACUCAUCACACGCACAUGACCUCCAACUCCUCUCCAAGACCUUAUCACAGCCACAGUUCAAGACGGAAAGACUCCAAGAACAGAGACCCAAAAUUCAGUUCUCUGCGCUGACCAAUCGGACCUGCAACGUCCUGUGAUGGUGCAUGGUAAUGCAUUUCUUGGAUCAUUUGAAUUUGUCUUCAUGAGACUUUGGCUUUGGUUGUGACUUCAAACAAACAGGUAUGAUAGUACCAGAAAGAUCUCCAAGUUUAUGAAAAUGCCGGCUGUAUUAUUCUUCUGUUGAGGAAUACCAUAAACUCUGAAACCUGGAGAACAAAUAUGAAGUAUGGACUUCUGUUAACAGAUUGAUGGCUGGAACACUGGAAAAGUGUCUCCAUAUAAACAAGCACAAAGGUCUCAAGAGUGAAAAGCAGAGCAAUUGCCUUUAAGACAAUUGCCAAUCUUAACAGUGCAAUCGAAAAUGUGCUUCAUCAGAACAUCACUAAUGGAACAAGAACACUGUCGUCCUUGAUGUGGACAUGAACUCUGGGAUGCUUUUCUCUGGCCCUUUUAGGUCUCAUUGGGGAGGCAUUGGUAAGGCUUCAAUAAAAAACAGAACCAAACAUCUUUAUGCAAAAAAUAAGAGCAUACCUGGAGAAUAUAGCUCACAAUCAUUCGUCAUCCGUCAUAUGGGCUUCACGAUGAAUUGUAUUAUAAUCACCAUCAUGGUUUUCUGUGAUAUUUGCCCACUGAUAAUUUGUCCUGAAAACCUUUCAGUUUAAUUUGUCAUUUGCGUUUUUGUACAUUGGUAUAAAGACUAAAUUUAUUGUUGCGGUUGCCAGAUGUCAAGAGUUUAAAUCCCCCCCAAUCAUAGCUCCUUUCAUGAAUAGAUACAUUUUCUGACCAGUGGUUUAC